GAGCGGGCGCCGCGAGCCGCGCUGCCCCCAUCGCCUCGCAGGAGUGGACAUGGCAGGCUGACACCGAGGUGUGACGGGAAAAUCACUGCCCUAAAGCUGCAUUCCUACAGGAUAACAGUGUACAUGAGAAAGUAUAAAGCAGCAGGGACAGAAAUUCGCAAAUACUGACAAAUGAGUGAUUUAUACUACAUGCGAACAAGUGCCUGCUCUCUUCCUUGGCAAGAAAUUUGAAUGCAAAAGGGUUAAAGUGAAGGGAAAAAAUAAACAGAUCUGGAUAUAUUUUCAACAUGAAUCGUGCUUUUAGCAGGAAGAAAGACAAAACAUGGAUGCACACUCCUGAAGCCUUAUCAAAGCAUUAUAUUCCCUAUAAUGCAAAGUUUCUUGGCAGUACAGAAGUGGAGCAGCCCAAAGGCACAGAGGUUGUAAGAGAUGCUGUUAGAAAACUGAAGUUUGCAAGACAUAUCAAGAAAUCUGAAGGCCAGAAAACUCCUAAAGUUGAAUUACAAAUCUCAAUUUAUGGUGUAAAAAUUCUAGACCCCAAAACAAAGGAAGUCCAGCACAAUUGUCAACUCCAUAGGAUAUCAUUUUGUGCUGAUGAUAAAACUGACAAGAGAAUAUUUACAUUCAUUUGCAAAGAUUCAGAAUCAAAUAAGCAUUUGUGCUAUGUAUUUGACAGUGAAAAGUGUGCAGAAGAGAUCACUUUAACAAUUGGUCAAGCAUUUGACUUGGCUUACAGGAAAUUUCUGGAAUCUGGAGGAAAAGAUGUUGAGACAAGAAAACAAAUUGCAGGUUUACAGAAAAGAAUUCAAGAGCUAGAAACUGAAAAUGCAGAAUUGAAAAAUAAAGUUCAAGAUUUGGAAAAUCAGUUAAGAAUAACACAAGUACAUACAUCUCCACUGCUGCACGUAAAGUGUGAUAAUGAUGAACAUAUGUUUCAAAGACCCUCCUCUGCUUUUUUCUGGUGUAACAAAGAGGAUUCACCUCCUUGUUUAGAUAUGUCUUCCAUUACCCUUACUCCUAGGAGUUCUCCUGACUCCCGACUACCAUCUGGAUUGUUAAUACCACCACCCUCAAAAAGUGGUCUUCAAAAGCCAGCCAGUGAAUGCAGCUAUCCAAGACCUCGCGCAGGCAGUGUGACACCUAAAUCACCCUCCACUGACAUCUUUGAUAUGGUUCCCUUUUCUCCCAUAUCCCCUCAGUCAUCAACACCUACUCGCAAUGGCACACAGCCUCCUCCAGUACCCAGUAGAUCUACAGAGAUCAAGAGAGACCUUUUUGGAGCAGAACCUUUUGACCCUUUUAGCUGUGGAGCAGGAGAUUUCCCUCCAGACAUUCAGUCCAAACUAGAUGAGAUGCAGCGUCAGCGAUGGAGGGGUUCAAAAUGGGAUUAACCCUUGAAGGCACAGUGUUUUGUCUUGACCCACUAGACAGCAGGUGCUGAUGGCAAGAAACUAAAUAUGAAAUUCUUACUCGGUGUUUUUUAAUUCCAAACAGAUAUUCACAAAUACUAUCUAUGUGCCAAAAAUAUUUUUCAACAUGUUAAUUCCUGUAAGGUUUGCUUCUGUAAAAUUUCAGUUUAGUUACAGUAUUUCCCUGUACAAAUGUAAAAAGUUGUAUUGUUUAUGAAAUAUGAAUUAAAUUAGUGUUGUGUUUGUUUCUUUGGCCUGGGAAAGUUUAUUGGAAAGCUCAUGCAUACCUCUCUGUUAGCAGACAAGCAAGCACGAUUUUUACUUAAUAUUUCACAUAGUGGAGUUUUGAAAUGAAGCUCUUAAGCCAUUAUUUAGUGUCCAACCAGUAAUAUUAUUUAUCUCAUUUAAAAAAAAAAAAAAAGGAAUUGCAAUGAAAAAGUGCUAAUCUGUGCUUAAAAGAUUAAUCUGUAUUCCAUGUAUUACUGUAUGGUUACUAUGCAGCAUAUAUGUUGUUAUUAGUUCAUUAAAUUCAGAAGUUCUUUAGAACUGUUAUUUGCAUUUUAGAAACAAACAUUGUUAGUCUGUUAUUGACAUUUAAAUAAUGUAGAAGGACUGUUAAAUCGCAGAGUAGACGAAGUUGUUGCCAAUGGUUUGAUUUUAUUUUUUGUUAAGCCAUAAAGUGUAUAAUUUGUAAUUCACUAGGUGUUAAUCACAAUUUAAAAAUAAUAUCACAGAAGGAUCAGAAUAUUUAUGUAAUUUUAUGCAUAAGCAGACACUAUGUUUACUGGCAUCACUCAAGUUACUUGCAACACCAGAGUGUCUACAGUCUAGGUCCAUCGCGUAGUUUUUUCACUGCCUGCUAAACUGUUAAAUGUUCUAUAAUUUUGAAGCUCAUUGCAAGUAUUCAGUGUGACUUAAGUUCUUGAUAUCCACUAUAACUGAUGAUACAGAAAUAAUUGCACACCAAAACUUUCGGCUGUUUGUAAGGUUAAUUCUAACUUGUCUAUGCAUACUCUUCACUAAUCUUUACCAUAAGCAAUAAAGUGACAUUUUACACUUACCCCAGAGAAGUAUUAUCAUUAGCAUUUUAAUAUCCAGUCUGUACAUAAGUUAAAUUCAGUUCUCUGGAAGCUCUGUUUUUAGAUCUGGAAAAAUAAAAAUCACAUUUUUUUUGGAUAUUUUGUUUCCUUUUGAAGAGAGGGGUUUUUUUUGUGACACUUCUAAUCUUAGAGGCUAUGGUUUACACAUUAAAAUGUAUUUUGUAAAUUUGUUGUUGCACGUAUAUGUUUAUGCCUUGUUCAACAAAGCACUUCUGCAUACAGCCUUCCCUGAAGUCCUGUGAAAUGAAUGGGAUUACUCCUUCGCUUAAAGUUUGGCACAUGCUCGAGUACCUUGCUGAAUGUGGGCCUUAAUGUUCUACGUUAUGUUAGUCUUCCACUCUUUUAUCCUUCGUUCURCAUUCAUAUAGAGUAUUAUAUAUAUAAAAAUAUAUAUAUAUAAAAUCACUAACAAAUAGAGUAGUAUAUGUUUCAUAAAGAAAAGUCUUUAUAAUUUUGUUUGUCAUAUAGUAUUUUGGAAUUUGUAUAAUGAGGAUGUUUAGUAGCCAUAGCAAUGGCCUUUUUUUAACAAAUAGAAUUUGUAUUUUUAUUGUAUUUUAAAAAGCUUUACAUAAUGAGCAUAUAUUUAGUGGCCAUUUAUAAUCAAUGGUAACAAUACUAAGAUAAUA